GGUGCAUGUGUGAUGUCACUGCAAGAGGAAGUGAAGGCCCUGCCUCCUCAGCUACAAGUCAGUGCUCAUGCAGACUUGGAGUGCAGACAUGAAUCGUGCGCUUGUAUGUGUGCUGAUGGCCGCUUGGAGCCUCGGAAGCAACGGCCAGACGGUGCACCAGCCGACACCGGACGUGCAAACAGUGGAGGGUGAAACAGUGACGCUGGAAUGUAGCUACGGCAGCUCAGCGAGCAACGACUACAUCUUCUGGUACAAACAAGAAACAAACGCAGCGCCCGAGUUCAUCCUGAGCCAAUUUAAGGUCGGUCAUGGCAAGACGGAGGAAAAGUACGAAAAGAGGUUUCACUGUAGAGUGAACGCCAGUACCUCGCAAGCUCCUCUGCAUAUCGACAAUGUGAAGCCCAGCGACUCGGGAGUCUUCUACUGCGCCCUGCAGCCGACAGGAAAUUGGAGAUUAGUUUUUGGAAUUGGAACUACUGUGACAGCGGAGGCCUGGAAGGAAUUUAAGCCGUCCUUCUACAAAAUGGAGGCGCGCAAUCUGAAUGCAUGUCUUGCCACCGGCUUCAGCCGACACAAGGCCACGGCGAAGGCGGGAAAAGGACACAUGUUCGAGGAGUCUCAUCCCGUGCGAAUAUCGGACGAUUCGCUGUAUAACCAGUUGGCGCUGCUAUCCCAUAACGACACGUGCGAGGAAGGUGACAGCGGACCAGGACGAUGCCCGGAUGCGUUGGGUCCAGACAAGACGGUGAAUCUCCUCUCCCUCGCUGUCCUCGCCCUACGCCUUGUCUUCGUCAAGACGCUCGCCAUCAACUGUGUCAUGACACUGCGUCUGUGCUUUGGCGCGCUGGAGUAGCCAUGCCACCAGCUUCCUCCUGUUUGAAGUCAUUGCAGAGAAGGAGGUCUCACAUAAAUAUGUGGAGGCAAAGGGCAGCAACUGCUCCAAAGCUUUCUGUCCCAUCUCAGGGUGCUCCUGCCUCACACACACCCAAAACUGUGUGAGAGUGGAGGCGCCAAACUUCAUCUGGUCAGAUGCCACUUCCAUCAGUUUUUCCUGGUGAGUGACAGGAAGCUUGCUUCUCUUUGCUUCAGACAAGAGAAAUGGGUUUCUCACCCAAUUCAGCUGUGCAGA